CUCAACAGCACUGCUCGGCUAUCUUUAUUUUACUUGCAGUUUUAUUUGGGCAACGAACGCGACGCGAGGUCUGCAAGAUGUUUAAAACGCGAAGAACCGCCGACCAGUGACUGCGACUUGAUUGAUCCGUUCGAUCUGAUCUGAUUGGCAAACGGGCAAGCCAAACCGCAAAGCGACCACAGCAAAUGCAGCGAGAAUAGCAGCGCCCACCCACCCAGCGACACUCACACAGGCACACGAACGGGGAUUCGGAAUUGGAGCCAUCACACACGCACAUACGGACCUUAGGAGCACCACCCGCGCACACACACACACAGUCCCACAGGCACACACGACCAGAGAUGUCACACCUACCUUUGCCGCUUUAUGGCUUCGCGGCAUUCUUCAUGACUUUCUGGCUGGGCACCUGGAUGGUGCACGUGAUAGCCAUCUGCUACGGCCGCUACAAGCUGCACAAGAAGUCCUGCAAGCUGCCCACGGAGGCCCAACCCCUGCCAGGUGUCUCUAUUCUCAAACCCCUGAUGGGCGUCGAUCCCAACCUGCAGCACAACCUGGAGACCUUCUUCACCAUGGACUACCCGCUGUACGAGCUGCUAUUCUGCGUCGAGGACAAAGAGGACCCGGCCAUCCAGCUGGUGGAGCGACUGCUGGCCAAGUACCCGCUGGUGGACGCCACCCUCUUUGUCGGUGGCUCCGACGUGGGCGUAAAUCCCAAGAUCAACAACAUCCAUCCGGGCUACCUGGCCGCCAAGUACGACUUUGUAAUGAUCUCGGACAGCGGUAUCAAGAUGAAGGACGACACUCUGCUGGACAUGGUGCAGAACAUGUCCGAAAAGCACGCGUUGGUCCACCAGAUGCCCUUCACCAGCGACCGGGAUGGGUUUGCAGCCACCUUCGAGAAGGUAUUCUUUGGGACGGUACAGAGCAGGAUCUACCUUUCGGCGGAUGUGCUGGGCAUCAACUGCCACACGGGCAUGUCCUGCCUGCUGCGAAAGGCUGUUAUCGACCAGCUGGGCGGCCUGAGGGCCUUUGGCUGCUACCUGGCCGAGGACUUCUUUAUCGCCCGCAGUGUGACAAGGCUGGGCUGGAAGAUGCGCAUAUCCAACCAGCCGGCGCUGCAGAACAGCGGCCUCUGCGACAUCGGCAGCUUCCAGGCGCGCCUCAUCCGGUGGGCCAAGCUGCGCGUGGCCAUGGUGCCCACCACCAUUCUGCUAGAACCGCUAUCCGAGUGCAUGAUCCUGGGCGCCAUAGCGGCCUGGUCGGCCUCCGUGCUGUUCAGCUGGGAUCCACUAGUGUUCUACCUUGUGCACGUACUCUGUUGGUUCCUGUCCGACUGGCUGCUGCUCUCGAUCGUCCAGCACGGCUCGAUGCCGUUCCACAAGUUCGAAUUCGUCGUCGGCUGGCUGUUUCGGGAGCUGACCGGACCCUAUCUGUUCCUGCACGCCCUCUGGGAUCCGGCGAUCCGCUGGCGCGCCCGCACCUACAAGCUUCACUGGGGCGGCAUGGCCUACGAGCUGAACAGCCCCACCUCCGACGCUGCCAACGCCCCACUGGCACCCCAGCCCGCUCCCACGUUAGAGCCUGUGGCAACCUCCGGGGGAUCAACGGGGGAGACGCUGAUCUGCACGGGCGCCAAGCAGCGACUGCUGGUGUCGUAGCAGCUACUAGUUAAGUUUGUUAUUUUGUACUUGUGAGCAACCAACUCAGCGGACUGCAAGCGACUGGCGGGCGGCGUUUAGCGUCCAGCGUCUGGUAGUAGUAUUAUUAGAUGAACCUUAGUCACUACGUAAGUCUAGACUUAAAGCUGUAAAAAGGCGAAUGCGGAGCGGUAUCCACGCACUCCUCCUGGACGCGAAGGGCGGCAAACGGACCUAGAUUAGUUUAGAGACACUGAUUAGACGACGAGCGCAUCGUUGGGAUCGCUCGCCGGAGAUGUAGAUGAACGCGUUCGAGCUGAUCGACCCGGGCGCAGUUUGAUGGCUUCGUGGAAACUGGUUAAUGAUGCUGUGUAUAUAAUAAGUACAUAUUUUGUAGCCAGCCUGUACAGACGUAAGCCCUAGUUAGCAUUAUGAUUGCGUUAAUUCUCCCCGCUUCUGUUGUUGCUUUAUUCAAUUGUAAUUAUUUAUUUUGGCCAAGCACCCUAGUUAUAUUGUUACCGUUAAGCCUAAACUUAUGAUUACUUUUAGUUGAGUUGUUUGUGUUUUUUUGUUUGCCCCAGCUUCUGUACAUAAGCGCCGAAAGGGAAUGCCAUUGAAUAAAUCGAAUCGAAACGAUCGUGCGUAUGAAAACCCAUUAGGUUCUGA